AAAAAUUAUAUAGGUUGGGGGUUUAGCUCAGUGGUAGAGCGCUUGCCUAGCAAACGCAAGGCCCUGGGUUCGGUCCCCAGCUCCGAAAAAAAAAAAUUAUAUAAUAUAUGAAGUGGGGGCUGGAGAGAUAGCUCAGUGAUUGAAGGCACUGGGUUAUUCCAGAAGAUCUGACACAUACAUGUAGGCAAAACACCAAUGCCUAUAAAGGCAAAAUGUAUGUAUGCAUGUAUUUAAGUGGGCAGAACAGUAUGCAGAGAGCUUCAAAAACAUUCACACACACACACACACACAAACCAUUCACACAGACGCAGCCCACUCAGUACUUUUACUAACCAGAGAGGGUCGGGAGGGUAUGUGUUGUACAAUGCAUGAGAGCUUUAGAAGUCUUGGGAACAAACAGCCCCCCUGACCUUGCUCCAUCUGUAAUCUGAAUCAGCUCAUGUCCUCUGAGGACCCAGUACUUGGAUAGCUAUGGUGACUGAGCUUUCCACUUUUUGCGCUUGCUAGGCAAGCGCUCUACCACUGAGCUAAAUCCCCAACCCCUACUUUUGGUUUUAGAGACAGGGUUUCUGUUUAGCCUUGGCAAUCCUAGGACUCACUAUAUAGAGCUGGCCUGGAACUUGGAGAUCCGCCUGCCUCUGCCUCCCAAGUUGCUGGAAUUAAAGGCACGCCACCACCUCCUGGCCUUUAAUAUUUUAUGGCUUUUCCAGAACCGGUUUCCAUAUGUAGUCCAAGCUAACUUCAGAUACUUCUGCCUCACCCUUCCGAGUACUGGAAUUACAGGCACGAGCCACCACACCCAGCUCUAAAAUGGUCACUAUACAAGAAUCUAUGUUGGGCGCGGUGGCGCGGUUUGUAACCCCAGCACACCAGGGACUGAGGCUGGAGGAUAAGGAGUCGUUAUCUUAAAAAAGUAAGAUGUCCUUUAUGUUUCCACGCAAGGGAGGCUCUGUCUUCACUUUCCUUGAGAACACUGACCGCCCAGAGAUUCGACCCACGUGGGUAGCUGCAGAUCCGCUGCCCUGACGACGCCUGGGAUUCCAAAGCUCCGCGCUGUGACGCGCCGCUCGCCGUCCCCGCCCCGCGGCCAGCACCCCCACGGGGGCGGGACGUGGGCAGGGCCAGCAGUCGCGGGAACCUUGAGCCCGCCUCCUCCGCAGGCUCCGCGCUGCUCGCCAUGGCCCCCGCGCUGCUGCUGGUUCCUGCGGCCCUUGCCUCCUUCGUCCUGGCCUUUGGCACCGGAGUGGAGUUCGUGCGCUUCACCUCCCUGAGGCCGCUGCUUGGAGGGAUCCCGGAGUCUGGCGGUCCGGAUGCUCGUCAUGGGUGGUUGGCUGCCCUGCAGGACCGAAGCAUCCUUGCCUCCUUGGCUUGGGAUCUGUGUCUUCUGCUACUGUUUGUGGUCCAGCACAGCCUCAUGGCUACUGAGGCAGUGAAGGCGUGGACAUCACGGUACUUUGGCGUCCUUCAGAGGUCGCUCUAUGUGGCAUGCACCGCCCUGGCCUUGCAGGUUUAUUACCAUGUGCUGGGACUGGGCGAGCCUCUGUCUCUGAAGUCUCCUCGGGCUCUAAGACUCUUUUCUCACCUUCGACACCCAGUGUGUGUGGAACUGUUGACUGUGCUGUGGGUGGUUCCCACUUUGGGCACGGACCGCCUCCUGCUGGCUCUUCUCUUUACUCUCUACCUGGGCUUGGCUCACGGGCUUGACCAGCAAGAUCUCCGCUACCUUCGGUCUCAGCUACAAAGAAAACUCCAGCUUCUCUCCAGACCCCAGGAUGGGGAAGCAGAGUGAGGAGCUGGUUCUAAGCCCUGUACUUCCUCUCCACCUCAAAAAUCAAAUCCCUUAGCAUCCAGGCUGCAUCUGCUUCAGACCAGAGGUUGGAAGUCAUGCUUUGAAGGGGCUGUCCCUUCUCUUGCUUGAGAACUCAGUUCUAGGGUCCUGAUCCUGGACUCUAAAUUCAGUUUCCACCACUGGCCUUCAGAGUCUGCUUCUCACCAACCAACCAAGAAAUAAACUCAAGAGCCUCCUUUUCUCUUCAGAGCAUGACCUCCACACACACACAGGGUCAGCCUUAGCACUCCAUCCCCUUGUUAUUGGCUCUGCACCUCAGGGAUUCCCUUCCGUGUUUCCACCUCGAGGAGCUAUGUCAGGGCCUAUCUGAAAGUUUGUAGGUAAUGGCUCUUUUGUACUGCGGCUGUGGUUCCUCCCCACCACUGCCUUAGUUUUUCCACCUCAUCAGCUCUGCGGUGCUGUCUUCUACAGCGAUAUCUCCCGUUUUUUUGUUUUGUUUUGUUUUGUUUUUUUUUUUAACUCGGGUUGACUCGGGGCUCCCUCCUCUCCCAAAGGACAUGCGCUGCAGAAAAAUUAAAAUUUUAUACAUAUGA